CACUUACACACAUUGGCUGAUCAGCUGGAUACAAAAGCUACGCUGUUAUAGGGCUUUCCUGACUUUGUUGUGAUCUUCUUGGAUCCUCAGACGUCGAGAAGUUUAAAAACGUUCUGUUACAUUGUUAUAUUAUUAAUAUUACAAGUUGCAAGAUUCCUGUCACAGUUUGAGAAAUGACUCUACUUUAAGACUUUUCAUUCCUUUUCGACAAUCAUCAUACUGACGGAGUGACUAUGUGUAACAUCGGCGACAUGGCAUUCGAAGCUCCGACACAGAAAUUUGGAUAUCUGGAAAUAAAGCAGUCUUCCAAGGUUAAAGGACGGAAACUAAAGUCCUGGCGUCGACGAUGGGUGGUACUCACCAAAAUGAGCGACCUGUCAUCAGAAGAGAUCGUAGCGAGAAUCGACAUCUACGACAAUGAGGCUAAAUGGCGGCGAGGGGAUUCCGACCGCACCACGUUUGUGUUUGAGCACGUGACCCACAUCGGAAUGGCGACAUCGCGCACAAGACCGCACGCUUUCGAGAUCGCAGAACGCACGCCAGUCUUGGUGCUAAGCGGUUCGAACGAGCUUGAGUCCUACAGCUGGAUUCUCACCCUACAGCAGAUUUUUACGCCCGAGCAAAUUGAGAGCAAGAAAGGCGUAUACACAGUGGAGAUCCAGGUGAACACUCACGCUAGCAAGUGGAGCCUGAGUGGCGAGUACUCACUGCACGUGUCCCCAGCGUGUAUCAGUCUCGUGGACAGUCAGGGCUCGUCUGUGGUCAGUUGGGGGCUCAGCACUCUGGUCAGGUUCAACGUGGAGAAACACCCGGAAACUGGAGUUCAAACCCUGUUGGUGAUAGAGUGUGGCCCGAAUUCACCAACCGGCCAAAGUCUUUUCCAGUUUUUUUCGGAGGAGGCCCCGGAGAUCCUCAGUGCGAUUAGACAGUCUAUCUGCCUGGCUCUUGCUCAAAAGCAAAACACACGUCGCAGUAUGCCUCCCAGAUCUCGUACCAUUUCUGCUACCGUCAGCGAGAAAAGUUUCCAAAAUCUUCUGGAUUCUCAUGCCGUUUUUCCUGACUUGACUAGGGAAAGAUCCGGCUCCGACAGCUCUAGUUCUACGAUGUACCUCGGCUCCCCAGUUGCCCCGAAUGACUCAGUUGCCAGUCCUAACAGUCCCCCUGGUUUGGAAUCUAACGGUUCUGUUUCUAGUUCUCCCGCUGUCCCAUUUCGACCCCCAAGGCUCUCUGACGCUGGUCUAGGAAGAGCCAAUUCAGAACUGGAAGCUCUGGAUGAGUCAGAAGAGCACAUCGGCUUCGCUGACGUUCAGGUGUCUCGAGCUGAUAGUGGGGGAAAAGAGCAGCCGAGUAUGAGUCACCAUCAGAACACCACAGAGCGCGUGAGAAAGAGAAAGGAGGAUCAUGGUUAUAGUGUGAUCCGAGACGCCAAGUCUAAUGGUCCUCAGAGGCCCGCGAGGCGAAUCACCAUCGGGAGUGCACCGCAAGAGUUAGCUUCUCACUCGUUUGAGUCUACGACAGAGGAAUUUGCAAGUGAAAAUCUAACAAGGGCGGAGAAGGACAGCGAUGACAUUUCGAACGUUGACUCUGCUAUAUCGUCUAUGACAUUAUCUUCCCCCCUCAGCAGACAUGGCUCGAUAAGCGAGCUGCAUCAUUAUCAGGAACUGAAACAUGUGACCAAACAAGAAGAGACGCCAACGUUUGGAAAACUAAAUAAACGUCGCUCGAGCAGUACUUCAGAUCUACAAUCUCUCUGGAAAUUGCAGCGUCCAGACAGCAAGUUCGAAAAUGUUUACGAGGAGUUGGACCAAUUCAGAAACUCACGUAGCAAGUCUAAGAAGUCAAAGUCUCCGGAAAUCCCACCAGCACUUCCGGCUAGGCCUGUCUCCAUGAGCUUUUCGACACAGCAGAAUGCCCAGCCUGGAAGGAGCGAGAGCAAGAAAAAACGCCCCUUCUUUAAACGUGGCAGGUCGUCAACGCUUUCUGAUAUGGAGCCACAGCACGCAAAAAAGAAGUGCCGAUGCGACGAAUCGAAAGACGGCAGGUGUGUUUGUGGGGGAAACGUUUCUCAGCCAGCAACGAACCCGUCAAUGGCCUCGAAAUCCUCGAGCACAGAAGACGUGGUGGCUAGUGGAAGCUCCAGUUUGUCCGACUUAUACAUGAGCAUUCCAGACAUUGCAACGACGACGACGACGACGAAAAGACGCCGAUCUUCUGAUAUCACGCAGAGGAAAAGCUGGGAGUUUGACCUAAAUAUGGAAGAAGGAGCUCGUAAGUCUAACAGCCUUCCCAGGCAUGUGAAGAAACUAGGUAACGAUUCUAGUGCGUGUUCAGGAAUCCAAUCAUCCUCCUCUCAAGCGCAACUGAUAGAUCUUAGUGAUCCGAGUGACGAUGAGCAGACCUCACGUUCGAGAGCCGUUCCUGCGUCUGUCAUCUCCAAAUCUUCUGAUCCGCUCAUGAGCUUUUUCUUUGACGACACCAGUUUUGAUUCUAACCCCAUGGUCACCGGCGAACUUUCUACCUCGACAACAGCUUCAACGCUCAGCGCCGAACUACUCUCUCUAAGCCCUGUAUCGAACACCCAACCGUUGACCUCUACCCAUCAAACCACAUUGCCUUUGCCCCAGUUGCCUGUGCCCACGGGAGCACCAACGACUAACGUAUUCAUCCCACCUUCCCACAAUUCUCUUUUGAUGAUCCAGAACACAAUGACGUGUGCACCAUCGAUCAUUCAUCAAAAUGGUCAGAUUCCCCAAACUCUCACCUCAACUCUAAACUUUGGACAAUUUAAUAACACAACUACCCCACAUGCGUCUGUUGAUCCAUUUCGUGGUGGUGUUUUCCAAACAUUUACAGUAACGUCUCCAACAAACAAUAUUCUGACCUCAUCAAAUGAUUCUAAAAUUUCUGUGCAAACUGUUAACCAUGAAACUGUAUACACAGCCAUGCUGCCGAAACUUAACCCUCAACAUUUAUCUCCAUGGGCGACGUUCUCCAACGAUCCUCCAUCGCCCCUCGCCCUAACGGAAUCGCCUAUGUUGAAGAAUGGUAACAGCCAGUUUGGCAUUCCCACCCCAAAAAUGACAAGAUCUCCUUCCGAAGAUACUUAUGUGUCCCCUACAGACGUGCAAAGUUUUCAAAGUCUCUGCUGAGCUACAUGAGUUUUGAAUUUAGCACUGGUAAAUAUUAUCAAUCGUAUCGUUUGUAAUGUCAAGGCUGUGAUUUGCGCCCCUUUGCAAUAUACAAGGCUGUUUGUGAAGAGUAACCAACGAAGUGCAAUAGUGCAUCGCAUAGAAUGGGGGCGAUUAGCCCAAAACAUAUCUAAACAUGUACACGUGAACAUGACGAUUCAAACUCGAGUGAGCCUCAUUCGUGAAAUCAAGUUGGUUUUCUUCCAACAAAGCACCGGGAGUGCACAUUUUUAUCAAUGAAUUAUGAGAACCCAGAACUUGCCUUUAUUUCUAAUACGGAUUGCAGGGCAGUUUAAAAAUUUGGGGGAAAGGCACCAUUCAUUUCAUUAGGAUUUUUACUGCUUUGGUUUAAUCUCCUAUCCUGGCUACUCUUAUAUGUAUCAUUUUUAAUACUUUACACCAUAAUGUCUUUUGAUAACUGAUCAACAUUUUAAUAUUAAAAUUUAAUCAAAACACUUCUUCGCACUUAUUGAAGCUGUAAAUAUUGAAGCUCCAUAUAAUGGGAACUAUCUUGUAUGUUUGUAUAUUUUGAAAAAACAACCCCCCCCC